UCGCAUGCAUACCCAACGGAACCAACUCACAAAAUUCACGAUAUAUUUGUGAGUCCUGCAUAGACCCAGUCUUGGCUUUUUCUUCACUCGAAGCGUUAUAUAAUUGGCAGUGUGAAAUGCAUUUUCCUAUAACAACACUUCUGUGUAACUCGCUUCUUCAUUUGAAUUCUAAGUUACUUUUUACAGAUUACUGGAAUUCUUUUUCCUCUGUUGGAUGUUGAAUCAUGUUUUUUACCGAGGAAGCUAUGCUUUUGCUCUCAACAAUGGCUGUUCUUAGUUUGUUUACAGCCACGCUAGGCGGCGGCGCCGUGUACAAAGUGGGUGAUGCAGCUGGCUGGACGAUCGGCGGCGCCAAUGUUGACUACCAUAUGUGGGCUUCAUCUAAAGUUUUCCGAGUCGGCGACAUUCUCGUUUUCCAGUACAACCGAACACAACACAACGUACUACGAGUGAGCCUCCCCGAUUACCACUCGUGUAACGCCGCAAAUCCAAUUGCCACUUACUCCUCCGGCAACGACUCCAUCACCAUCAAAGGUCCGGGUCACUACUACUAUAUCUGCGGUUUUCCAGGCCACUGCAAGGCUGGACAGAAGAUUGAUGUCAGGGUCCUUAAAGUUUCUGAGCCCACUGAUUUCAGUAGUAAAAGCCCAAGUCCAGCUCCAGCCCCAGCAGCCCCAUCUACUAAUGGGCAUGCAAUUGCACCUAGCCCAGUCACAAAGAGCAGUGCCCCCUCAUUGCUCUUGAAUAAUGGGCUUAGGCUGUCCCUCACUUUGUUCAUGAUUGUUAUUGGUGCAGUUUCUUUACUUUAAUUGUACUGUGCUAUAAUCUGAUGUUGUAGUUUAAUGUUCAUGAUCUGGAGCAUUUUGGUGAUUAACCAUUGUUUCAUUGGGUUUUAAU